AAAAAAAAAUGUAACAUGGCUACAGAUGUGUGCACCACGGGAAUCGUACUACAUGAAGAAAGGAAACGAGGGCUUUCUUGUGCCUGAAGGAGAAUGCUUUCUACUGAGACCCAACCAAACCCAGCCUCAGCGACUACGACCUACAAGCACUAACGUCCAGUACUGCGGGUUCAGUGCGGCCUUUGAUAAGGAUGACACUGUGGUGUACCUGGGCUGUCCCAGCAUUAUAAAUGGAUUUCAGGUAGAUAUAACACAGCCUGAAGGUUAUGUACUGAAGUUUGACCUGGAUGCUCCUGAAUACCCACAUGAGAGACAUCUAGGGCAGGAGUGUGGCCAGGAGUCUCACUAUGAAGGCUGGGCCAUGACUCAGAGGAUGCUUGCUUCUAGCAGUGUGGUGGUGACUUCCUGUGGUAACCAGAAGAGAGUGGUGGAGCUGGAGAUGAUGACACAGUUGCUGGAGGGAGCAAGGGACACUGGAGAACUGCUGGGGUCGGUGCUGGAGAGCUGCGAUCUUGAUGGAGAUGGUGAGGAUGAGGUGCUGGUGGGUGCUCCUCUAGGGAAAGUACAUACCUCUUCAGGCUACACCGAACCUGGCAAAGUCAUCAUCCUGGGAACCAAGGGCACCAAACACACGAUGGAAGGUACUGAAGACUUCAGCAGGUUUGGCACCAGCAUCGCCUGCCUCGGGGACCUCAACAGUGAUGGCUACCAAGAUGUGGCAGUGGGAGCACCUCAGCACUCUGGUGGAGGAGCAGUAUUUAUCUUCCUUGGGUCAGUCACAGGCAUAAGGUCAUCACCAUCUCAGGUGCUGCAGCUGGCUGAGUUCUCCUCCAGCAGGAGGAGAGGUUUUGGCUACAGUCUUGCUGGUGGGAAAGACGUCGAUGGUAAUGGAUAUCCAGACCUCUUGGUGGGGGCGCCCAUGUCAGAUGCUGCCUUCCUUCUUUAGGUGGCACAGGUGCUGCAGCUUCAGGUGUCAAUGUUUGAGUUUAGCACCAGCCAGGUGGACCUUCAGGAGAGGAACUGCCUGGAGGAGGGUGAGGAGUGGGCACUCCGCGUGUGCUUCCACCUCCGUGUUCAGCUGGGUGUUCUGGGCCACCAGGGCAAGUUUGAUAUAGAAGUGAGAGUGCAGGUGGUACUGGACGGCAACUAUCCCCGUCAAAGGAUCUUCUUCAGAGACUCCACCAGUCAGCAUGUUCAGGAGACAGUCCACAUUGUAAAUAGGAUCCACCAGCUUGAGUAUCACAUCUAUGCUGAGGAGCUGGCCACUGAGGAGGAAGCCGUGGCCCUCGCAGGUGCAGACCUGCAGGUGAGCCUGGUGCAGGUGCACCCUCAAGAGCAUGAGGAUCUUCUGCCAGUGGUGGAAGUCCCACAACCUUCCCAGCAGUGGACCAGCACCACCUCUGUCAGAUUCUUAUGCGGUAGUGAUCCCAAUACUUGCGUCGCCAAGACCAACAUUAGACUCACCUUGGAUAACCACAGGAUUAUCUUCGUGGUGGGUGAGGAGACGGUAGAGGCAAGGGCGACACUCACAGUGGAAAAAAGCACAGCCUCGAAUUGA